AUGGAUACACUUCGUCAAGCCGACGGCAAUGAGGAUUUGCAAUUGCUGAAGGACCACUUAUUGAAUAAGAGCGGUGAUGUUGAUAUGGCUCACCGAUUCAGAGCGCUUUUCCACCUCAAAAGCCUGGGUGCCGAGGGAAAUCAGGAGGCCAUCGACAUCAUUGCCGAGGGCUUCAAGGACCCUAGCGAGCUGCUUAAGCACGAGAUGGCAUACUGCCUUGGCCAGACCAAACAGAAGUAUGCCCUCAAGCCCCUCGAGGAUGUACUCAAGGAUCUCGACCAGCAGGCGAUGGUUCGCCACGAGGCUGCCGAGGCUCUGGGAGCUAUUGGUGACAGCGAGGCGCUGGAUAUCCUCAAGUACUAUUAUGAGCAUGACCCCUUGGAAGUAGUUCGUCAAACCUGCGAGUUGGCUAUUGCCCGCAUCCACUGGGAGCAGUCUGAUGCCCCGAACUCCGAGGAGCUCCAGAAGUCCCAGUUUUCCUCUAUUGAUCCUGCGCCCCCGCUUCCUAUUGAUUCUUGUCUGAAGGUCGCUGAGCUCAAAGAGAUUCUUUUGAACCAGGACGAGUCCCUGUUCGUCCGGUACCGUGCCAUGUUCCGUCUCCGUGAUAUUGGCACCGAGGAGGCUGUGCUUGCCCUUGCCGACGGUUUCAAAGACCCUUCUGCUCUUUUCCGCCACGAAAUUGCCUACGUGUUCGGCCAGCUCUGUGACCCUGUCUCCGUGCCCGCCCUCGUCGAGGUUUUGCAGAACCCUAACGAGGAGGGUAUGGUUCGUCACGAGGCAGCUGAGGCAUUGGGCUCCGUAGCGACCGAGGAUGUGCUCCCCAUUUUGCGCAAGUUUGCCCAAGACCAGGAGCGUGUUGUUCGCGAAUCUGCAGAGGUCGCUUUGGAUAUGUACGAGUAUGAAAACAGCAACGAGAUUGAGUAUGCCGCCAUCAAGACGGAAUGA